CCUUUCCCUGUUAGAUCGCGGUGUCGUUACACACCUGUUACCUUACACGGACGAAGAGCAGGAUGUUUUUCCUACUGUGUAGUGGAGCAAUUGGCAUUGUUUUACUGGUAAUCAUUGGAUAUCUGGUCAAGUGCAGACUCUCUUCUAAGAGGAAUGUGCCACGCGACGUAGUCGUGCUGUACCAAGUGGGAAGAGGACCACGUGCCCCUAGCAUCUCACCUUUCCCGCUUAAACUAGAAACCUUCCUGCGCAUGGCAAAGAUACCAUAUAUGAACGACCACUCAUCAAAGUUCUCAAAGAAACAGAAAACACCGUGGAUGGAGUAUAAUGGCGUGGCAAUAGCUGACUCACAGUUCUGUAUCGAACAUCUGAAGAAGGAGACGGGCAAGGAUGUCAACAGACACCUCACCCCCGAGCAGGUGGGCGUGGCCAGAGCUUUCCAGAAACUCACAGAGGAAAAUCUGUACUGGACCAUGUGUUCGGAGAUGUUCGGAGCCGACACCACGGCAGUCAAAUCGGUUAUCCCGUACAGGGGCAUAAAGUUGUGGCUCCUCCUUUCGUUCCUCCGCCGCGCCCUUCGGAAAGAGAUGUGGGGACACGGUAUCGGACGCCACACCCCGGACGAGAUCUGGUCCAUAGCAGUAGGGGACAUGAGGGCACUGUCACACUUCAUAGAUGACAAGGCGUUCUUGUUUGGUGACGAGCCGUGCGAGGCCGACUGUGCAGUAUUUGGGAUGCUGUGUAUGAUGAUUGAACACAUGCCUACGUCACGGCACGAGCGACUCAUCAAAGGGGAGCUUACCAACCUAGUAGACUACUGCAACAGGAUGAAGGCCCGAUAUUGGCCGGACUGGGACAAGUGUAUACUGACCGGAAAAGGUUACGCCAAUGACAGUGGCAAGAUCUAUAGGUUUGAUAACUAGCGGAAGCGGCACAUAGCUGUCCAGUGGAACACACUUUGUAUGCAUAAUUGGCUUCCAGAACCAGACCCUCUCUACAUCAUGUGGCCGAUUUUCUUCACGUGCUGUUACGCAUUUCUGGACAACGUGACGAAGUUGGUUGGGAGGACUGGUCAGCAGAUUGAUCAACAAUAACCGCGGGUUCUAGCUGCUGAAAGGAGGAGUUAUGAAGGCUGCCUGAUUUCGCCCGUAUUUCCAUGACAAAGCGACAUUGCAUCUUUUAAAAGAUGUUCUGAAGUUGCAUGUUUCUGUUGUGGAGGUGAAGUGAUGUUCUAUCAGUAUUACUAUGUUAGAUGUUUAUAUAAUUUAGUUACUUGUAAACAUGUAUAGCGCUUUGUGUAGGUCAUCUGUCCCGGCCAUACGGAGGUCGGACCUGACCCGGCCAUACCAAGGGCAGUCCUGUCCAGUCUUAGUGGUGAUGGACCUGACCGAUCAUACGGAGGACACCCCGUCCCGGACUUGUAUUACAAAUUCCGUGAAGGUAGCGUCAUUUUCAGUUGCUGAAACUUGCAAAUCACAAUUAGGAAUACUUUAUGUGGAAACAUCCUUGGAAUUCCAUAAGUUAUGCUCCCUAACGUUCUCUCCACAACGUAAGUGGGCGUAACCCCUGGGAUUUCGAGGAUAGUGUAGAAGUCUGAUUUGACGGAAGGAUAGAAAUGGUUACGGUAUGCGAGUGUUCGAUCAUGUGUGAACGACUUUGUAAUAAGGAGGCACUGGGGUGCGACACUAUCUAUAGUAAAUUGUAGGAUUUUUAACUAUGUAUUAUUGUGUAAGCUGUUUUAAGGAACGACCAAAGAUAUUAUAUACUGACGAGACAUGCACUAUAGUGAUGUUAAAUUGUAGUUGUCAUUAACUGUAUGAAUUAGUUUGUAAGAUAUUUUACAGAACGACCAAGAUGUUAAUAAAACUUUUUUUUAUUUUU